CUCAACUGAAACAGAUCCCCUCUGCUUAAAUAGGCCUGUAGAAAGCAGUCCUUGUGACUUUCCUUGACGUUCAGAAGGCUCUGUUGAGAUGGACCUAAUAGGCCGUCCUCACUCUGUGAAGCUUUGGCAGCUCAGCGGGACGGACUAUGAGCCACAGCGGAGUCUAAAGCAGGGGAUGGAGAGACGCUUCAGCAGUUGGACCCCACUGACCAACAAGCAAAGCAACCUGCAGCUGUUUGAGGAGCGGGUAAAGCUUGCCUUGCACUGGUUUGAUUUGUGGAACGAUUCACAGAGGAAACAUCUCCUGCACUCCCUGCUGAUGCGCUCAACCAAGUCCCAGCUUAAGUACUGCAGAGAUAUGCUUAAUGAGACAGUCCCUGUUACUAGAGCGGACUUCACAGCUGUACUGCCACGGUUUCUCUCUCUGUAUGUUAUGUCCUUCCUAUCCCCUAUGGACCUCUGCAGUGCCGCACAGGUCAGUUGGCACUGGAGAUACCUUACAGAACAGGACUGUCUCUGGUCAGGCCGGUGUAUCAAGAGAGGCUGGUUUCUUCCCUAUGCACCAAGAGAAAAGGAGUUUGGAGCCUGGAAGUAUCACUACAUCUCAUGUGUUUCUACAUUAGACUGGUUUCCUCCUCGGGAGGCAGCCAAGAUAUUUGGGACCCUCAAUCAGCCAAGCACGGGGUUGACAGAGGAUGAAGAGGAGAGGAGUAAAGAGAGAAGGGUUAGACAGAAAAUCAAAGAGGCACUGCAGGGGGAGAAGAGGUUGUCCAUGAUGCACAGGAGACCAUGGGGUUCUAAUCCAAAAUCAGAGGCGUUCAGGGGUAGAAGUCCUCAGACAGUAAGGUCCUGUUCAGAUUUAACCAUCAGAUCUCUGCCAUCCCUCUGCUGGCCACUCAAGUCUCCACCCAUCAGUCCAAAGAGAGGGCAACUUCUGGAUGGAGCUCAGGUGACAAGUGCUAGCAGAUCAUUGAAGGUAAAUAAGGUGUCGGCCUCACUGACUCAGACAGUCUCUGCUGGCCUCCUUCUGCUCCUCUCCAACAGAAUUCCUGCUUAUGAGCUGGUGCUCAGUGGACUGAAGGCUGAAGUGAUAGUGGUUCUGUAUGACCACAGAGGGACUCUCUCGGCCCUCUUAGCCCAGGUGGAGAGGGCCGUCUCAGGGCAGCAAGUACGAAGGAUUGGGCUUUUAGUUCCAGGAGGAACAGAGGAGAUUUAUCUCGUUAAUGACAGUAUUCUGUCCGAGAGAACUUUAUCAUCCCCAGAUUUAAUGGAUUUCUGGGAACAGCUUUUCGCCUUGGUGGCACCCGGUCAACAAGGUGGAGGGAUAGACAUUUUCUGCCCACUCGCUGCAUCCGCAUCAGGACUUACAUUGAUCCGUAAUCUUUCCACUCUAACUGGUCUGGUAGUUCGAGCGCCUUUGGGUCUCGCCACAGGAAGUUUCCAGAACAUCCUCAGCGAAUGGUCCAGCGGUGCUGGUGCAGCUGCAUCUGUAGAACAGGAUCAGGCAGCUCCACCUCUGCAGUAUAUUUUUGACGAUGUGCUGCUGAACUGGUGUAGACAGGCUGAGUGGAUGGAGGAGGUUUUGGUACGACUGAGGGCCACCCUGGAGCUUCAGCUUCAGCAGGCUAGUGUUCAGGCCAGAGGCAGAGCUCUGGGACUUUUUCUGUGGGAACAAUUAUCCCUUGAUAAGCUGUGUGUGUCCAGAGAACUCAGUGAAGCUCUGACGGAGGGACUUACAAGUUUAACUAGAGAGAAAGAGAGCAGACCUGUGGAGUUUAUCUCCGGCUUCUUAAGCAGAUGGACUGAAAUAAAGGAGGGUGAGAUGAAACAAGCAGCAAAUGGUCAGACUGCACCACAUGAAGGCCUAAUGCAGGAUCUACCCCAGUCAACUUUGGAUUGGAGAUGUUCGGUCGGUAGAGAGGUGCUCCACAGUGAACGCCUUUAUCUGGGAAGGCUAAGAGCCGUGCUGAAGGUGUACCAAGAGCCUCUAAUGGCUGCUUUCAACUCCAGCAGACCAAUCCUCGGCUAUAACGACAUCCAGAUCAUCUUCAGCCCUGUUACAGUGAUAGUCCAACUACACAGUUUGUUUAAGGCAGAUUUACAGACCAGGCUGCAGCAUUGGGGUGCAGAGCAGUGUGUUGGAGAUGUGUUUGUGAAGUUUUGCUCAAAACUUAACAUCUACACUAACUACCUGAAUAACUACAUCACCACCAUCUGCACCAUCGAUAAGUGCAGGGAAGCAAAUCCUGCAUUUCGGGCUUUUCUGAAGAGAGCAGACAGAACUCUGCCGACACAUAUGCUGAGCCUGCAGGAGCUGCUGCUGUGUCCAGUGUGGCGAAUCCAAGAGUAUGUUACUCUGCUUCAGGCUCUGACCUCACAGACACGACCCGGUCAUCCCGACUACUCAGACCUCUGCUCCGCCCUCAACACGAUGCUGCAGUUCAGAACAUUCAUUCAGCAGUUAAAGGGAAACUCAGAGGCAGGCAGGCAGCUGGAGGAGACACAGAAACUGAUACAGGGCUGUCCGAACCUUAAUGAAGGAAAUAGGCAUCUCAUAAUAACGCAGGACGCCAUGCUGCUCAAGAGCCCGGAUGAACAGAUUCCAGAUUCACUGAGGACCUUUGAGCAUAUAUGCGACGUGGGACUGUUCCUGUUCAACGAUGCUUUAGUUCUGACUCGAAGAAAGUUAGAGCAUACCCCUUUCACUGUGUCUCAUCGGAGCAUUCACACCUUCCUGGCCUCUGUUGCUACAAGCAGUCUGACCGUCCGAGAAAUCCUGCACACACCCUAUGUGCGUCAUGCCUUCGUCUUGGACGGACCACACCGCUCUUGGGUUUGUGCAAUGGAGCAAGAAGAGGAGAGGGAAUACUUCCUGUCUGUGCUGCGUUCGGCUAUAAACUCCUCCCUGAAUGAACACCAUUGAUCAUCAGACCUCUCCAUCCAAUACCAUCCCCUCCACUGCCAGACAUUAUAGAUGUCUCUGUAGGGAUUAACAAAUAUAUGACAUCAAAUCCCUGGACUGCUGAAAAAUUAUUUGUGGCACUGUUCACAACCGUUACAACUCAUUUCUUGUCCUGAGUUCAUGAUGUUUCCUAACUAUGAUUGGUAAACCCUAAGUUUUGUUGUUUGCUACCACUAAUGGUAUUUUCUCCUUACCAUUGCUGGUAUACAUCCUUCCAAAAGUGUUUCCUAAAUGUACAAAAACUGUUACUCACUUAUUAUUAGUGAUGUACAUUUGGACGGGAAUGAAAUU